AUCCGGCUCCAAUGGGUUCUUUCCUCACAGGUUUGACGAGAGAGGCUGAGCCAUUUUCGAUAUGACUGCCUCAGCCCACUUCGCACUUGCAAACGCAAACCGUCAACAUACACUUCACAUAAUUCUCAUUCUCCUGUCAAAUUGCGGAUUUUCCACAGCUGUUGAAGUGACAUCAUGAUCUUCGGCGGCCUAGAGAUAGUAGCCGGCGGCUACUUUGCCCAUAAAUACUACAAGAACAAAAACGAGAAGAAAAGGCUUGAGGAGGAGGCUCAGAAACGGCGAAACAACACGUUUCCAAGCAACAGGCCAUCGAGUUACCCUCAGCAACCGCAUUUUCAGCACCAAGAGCAGCGUCCACAGCACCGCCCACAGCACGCAGCUACAACGCAAAAGUAUGCUUGCCAUGCACCGACAGCAAGUCGACCGCAAUGCCAGAGUCAGCCUCGGCCUCAGCAGUUGAGACCCAAGCCGAGUCAUGCCCAGUCAUUCAGUAUCCCGCGUAAACCUGUGUCGCAAACUAAACCGGAGAUUGUUAUCCAGCCCGCUUUGCAGCGCGCUGAUUCUAUGGCUACGUUAUCGCGUAUGCCCAUCGCGAAUGGCUACAGACCCUCCGCCGCCGCUGCGCCGGUCCCACCACCUCGACAGACGAACGGUUUGUCACCCACUCCGCAAUCGCCGUAUGGCACCGCGGCCUUCUCGGUGUCAUCACCGGCGUUGGGCGCAACAUCGAUAUCACCGCCGAUCAGCUAUGCUAUGGCGCCCGAGGGAGGACUUGGAGCACAACAUACAGUUGACGACAACUGGGAGACAUAUGGGCAUAGAGCACAUGGGCACUCGGCCUAUGCGCCGACGGAGGCAUCAACGCAGCUCGGUGAGCGGGAACCGCCGCCCCCAUAUGCACCUUAAUCUGUGCUAUAACUUUGAUUUACAUAGCUUGGACGCAGGCGCCCGAGCAUUGGACCCAUCAAUUUCUGUGUUGUGGGAUCUUGGUAUCGUGCGUAAUGAAUUGUAAUAGCUUGAACAGGAUGGCGGCACUAAUAAUAACACUACUGAUCUUAGCGAUACAUGUCGAAAAUACAUUCCUAUUCGUUCACAACGAUUGGUCCCUUUGUCUUGUGGUGUAAGCUGUGAAAUGCUUCUGAAAUAGAGACAAUCAACGUUGAACAAAUGAGCUAUCGUGGCCUCGUAAGCCCAUGGUCUACGUUCAGCUUCUGUCGGUACUCUUCGCAAGCCGAACAUCUCUCGAAGGCUACACCUGUUCCUGAGCAGACGGUACAAGCGG